CCCCUCCCAGCAGUGCUGUCUGUCCUCAGCCUCGCACACACUGCUCUCCGCUCCGCGCCGCACUCAGGAUGAUCCAGGGCAACAGGUUGGUCUCAUUGCUGAAGGAAUGGUUGGGAGAAGUGAGACCGCAGAAGAUGAGGACUCCCGCGUUGCUGAAGAAAAAGAUCUACAAAGGCUUGUGCAUUUCCUUCUUUGUGGCGAUUACAUUGACCCUCCUCCACACGGGGACACCCCCCAAUCUGUUUUUCACUCAGAAGGAUAUAGAGUCUGAAAGUCCUAUAUCUGCUGUAAAACGUGACACUUUUCACGCACCUGAUGCUUUUUGGGCAGCCGGGAAAGGUGAACAAAUGGACACAUCUACCACGGAAGAUGGACAUCCUAGUGAAUGGGAUAUUGACGUCAUCAACUGCACUGCCAACUUAAACCUUACCCAUCUUGACUGGUUCAAGACACUGGAGCCUAACUUUCAACAGUUUAUCCUCUACCGACACUGCCGUUUCUUCCCUAUGAUUAUUAACAACCCACAGAAGUGCAGCGCAGAUGUUGACCUCCUAAUUGUGGUAAAAUCAAUAAUCACUCAGCAUGACCGCAGGGACGUUAUUCGUAAAACCUGGGGAAAAGAGAAGGUGAUGAAUGGGAAGAAAAUAAGAACAUUAUUUCUUUUAGGAACAGCUAUGAAAAAAGAGGAAAGAGCUAAUUACCAAAAGCUUCUGGAGUUUGAAAACCAGAUAUAUGGUGAUAUUCUUCAGUGGGAUUUUUUGGAUUCUUUUUUUAAUUUAACCCUGAAGGAAGUAAAUUUUCUUAAAUGGAUGACCAUUUAUUGCCCUCACAUACCCUACAUUUUCAAAGGGGAUGACGAUGUGUUUGUCAGCCCCAGCAAUCUCUUGGACUUUUUGGAUGGCAACAAAAUACCUGAUCUGUUUGUUGGAGAUGUCUUAUACAAAGCUCACCCCAUCCGCAGGAAAGACAACAAAUACUAUAUUCCAACAUCUCUAUACAGCAAAAACCUCUACCCUCCUUAUGCAGGUGGCGGAGGCUUUAUUAUGGCAGGCUCUUUGGUCACAAAAUUGUUUAAAGCUUCUGAGACUUUGGAACUGUAUCCUAUUGAUGAUGUGUUUCUAGGUAUGUGUUUAGAGGUCAUCAAAGUCAACCCUAUAAUGCAUGAAGGCUUUAAAACUUUUGGGAUUGUAAAAAACAAGAACAGCAAGAUGAACAAAGAACCAUGCUUCUUCCAAAGCAUGCUUGUUGUUCACAAACUAUUACCGGAUGAACUGCUACAGAUGUGGGAACUAGUACAUAGUAACUUGACUUGUUCGCGAAAAAUCAACAUUCUUUAGUGUCUGUGGCAAAGGACCUGUGGAGGGGUUAGGAAACGAAAGUACAAACUGGAUUCUUUAUUUUUUACGAAGGCUGUUUCCCUGGCAGGUUAAGGGAUUCAACUUCCUGAAAGCAUUAUUUUUUUAUGUUUAUGAGAAAUCGGACCUUGUAGCUUUUUGUAAAGGAUUCCAUGGAACUGCGCUCUGGGUACGAUAUAUAGGCAAUCAUUAUGAACGUGAAUGAAAGCUUGUUUUCAUCUCUGGGUCAGUCAGCUGUGCUGUAUGUGGUGGAGGCUCUCUCCAAUGUUUUUCUUUGGAAUUUUUAGACUACGGAGCCUUAUAUGGUACAUGCUUAACCCAAACUACACGUUACAGAAGCUUUCAUUUCACAUAGUAACUUAACACUGGGUGUGCCUUCAACAUGGUGACAAGCCAUGUAGCUUUCCUGAUCACAGUGAUCUACAGUGGUGCUGUCCAUGGCUCACAGACUCAAAGUUUUAAAAAAGAUAAACAAACUGUGAGCUACAAGAACUUAUUUUCCAAUCUCUUGAAAAAAUUUUGUUUUAUAAUAUUUAUGUUUAAAUGUUUGGGGUCGUUUUUUGUUUGUUGAUUGACCUUUACUUUUUUUUUGAUUAUUUUAAGGUAUCUUUUGUUGACAAUAUUUUGUUAAUUUAUGAAAGUAAAAUUUAAAUUAAGAAGCAUUA